CUGUCAUCCAUCGCACUCGAAAAAGUCAGUUUUGCAGCGCAGGCAAGCGAACAGCGCCGAGGAAAUUCGACGAUUCAGCUAAAAAAAAAUCUUGUUUUUCAUUGAAUUCAAUCCGGUUUUCUCGCAACAAUAAUCAGCUCCGAUCGGCCGUUCAAAUCUGUGAUAAAAGUCGAAGACUCGUGUAUCUCUUGCAGGAUAAAGGCAGCGCUAACGUAAAGGUCCCCAAAACAAAAUGACUAACAAGUACGAUGCGUUGAAACCCUAUGGAAGCGACAGUGACGAUAGUGGUGAUGAAGGUGCAGACUUUGACGUGGAAAAGUUGGAACCUCUGGAAGUAGGCCCCGGGGAACACAAGCUCCAGUAUACGUACUGUCUUUGGUUCGCGAAAAAAGGUUCUCACAGACCUGCGGAGUACGGCAAAUCGCUACACUUUGUGGGACGGUGCGCCAGUGUGGAACAGUGGUGGACAUUGUAUUGCCAUUUAGUUAAGCCUACCAUGUUGACAUCCUUCCGAAAGUUACAUUUAUUCAAGAGUGGCAUAAAACCCAUGUGGGAAGACCCAGGAAAUGUGCGCGGCGGCAAAUGGGUCAUUCGGUUGAGAAAGAACAAAGUUGAUCGAGCGUGGGAAAAUGUCUGCAUGGCAAUGCUCGGAGAGCAGUUCUUGGUCGGUCCAGAAAUAUGUGGUGUCGUACUUUCGACGCAAUUCCCGGAGGAUCUGCUGUCCAUCUGGAACCGAACUGCCACAGACACAACCAGCACCAAUCGAAUCCGGGACACGUUACGGAGAAUUCUGAACCUGGCCCCUUCGACACACAUGGAGUAUAAACCACACUGCGAUAGUCUCAAGUACCUUUGAAACUGCUUCGCCGUCGUUUGGCGUAUCGUUAUUAUGUCGGGUUUUCCUCUUUUACUGUAACUCCCAGGAUGAAUGGUCAUCGUCAAAAGAAAUAAAAAAAAAGAAAUAUGAUAGCUGAAUCUGAA